AUGUCUGGAAGGCUGUGCUCCAAGGCCAUUUUUGCUGGCUAUAAGCAGGGUCUCUGGAACCAAAGAGAGCACACAGCUCUUCUUAAAAUUGAAGGUGUUUAUGCCCGAGAUGAAACUGAAUUCUAUUUGGGCAAGAGAUGUGCUUGUGUAUACAAAGCAAAGAACAACACAGGGACUCCUGGUAGCAAACCAAACAAAACCAGAGUAAUCUGGGGAAAGGUAACUCAGGCGCAUGGAAACAGUAGCAUGGUUCAGGCCAAAUUCCGAAGCAACCUUCCUGCUAAGGCCAUUGGACACAGAAUUCAUGCGAUGCUGUACCCCUCAAGGAUUUAAACUAAUGAAAAGUAAAUAAAUAAAAGUGGAUUUGUG